AUAUUCUCCAUCAUGCCGAAACACGAGUUCUCUGUGGACAUGACCUGUGAAGGCUGCUCCAAUGCGGUCAGUCAGGUGCUCCACAAGCAAGGAGGAGUUGAGUUUGACAUUGACCUACCCAACAAGAAGGUUUGCAUCAACUCUGAACACAGCAUGGACCUUCUGCUGGAGACCUUAGGAAAAACACGAAGAGCCAUUUCCUACCUUGGACCCAAGUAG